AUGAGUGAACAAGUCAAAACCGAAAUCUUAGCAGAUGUGAAUAGUACUACAAGUCUUUCAGAAGCUGCUGCUACUUUAUCCAAUGCUCUCAGUCUUCAACAUCAGCAAGCACAAGAACAACAUGACUCACAACAACAACAACAACAACAACAACAACAACAACAACAACAACAACAGCCAGAAAUUGAUUAUACACAACAAACGUUAAUGGAUGUAAACAGUCAACCUCUCAUGCAUAGCCUAUUAGAGUCUCAUCAACACCAUCCUCUGUUAGACCAUCAUAAUGCCGCUAUGAAUACUACGGAUACUGACCUGCUGAAUGCCAAUGCUGCUGCUGCUGCCAUGAUGAAGCAUAUGGCUGGUCCUCGUCUGGCCGCUACUCCUAUGUCUAUCGCUUCUUCUGCCGUAAACACUGCUGCAUUCACCUCUCCUCCACCACCAUCUAAUGCCAACAGUAAUAGCAGCUUUACUGAAAACUGCGCUAUUGAAAUCACUGGCAAUACCUUGGAUCCCUCAAGCCCUAUCAUCACUGAAUUUUACGAGCGAUUUGCUGUUGGAAGGAUGUUUCAAAGUUUGGAGGAACUUCGCACAGAAGCUUUUGAAUAUGGCAGAAAGCACAAUGUCGCAUUGACUACAAGCAAAUCUGAUAAAACAAAGGUGUACCUGAUCUGUAAACAUGGCGGCUUUUACCGCAAAAACAACAAGAAGGCCAGUGAUCUCAACCAAAACAUCAAGCCACGCCUUCGCAGAUCGCAAAAGACGGGAUGCGCAUGUAUGAUUUAUGCUCGUUGCUGUCGUGGUAGCUUCUGGGUCAUCCGUAAAUGCAUUGGAGAACACAAUCACCCUAUUGCCGAGGAUCCUCGUGCCUACGCCAUGUACAGAUCUUUGUCUCCUGAACACUUGUUGGUCGUUCAUCGCUUGCUGAGAGAACAUGUAGGCGUCACCUUUAUCGUCAAAUCCCUUCGAGCAAACGGCGUAACAAACAUAUUGGCAAAAGACAUUGAAAACAUCCAGCAAGAUCUCAAGAGAAGGGACGUGCUUGAUUUACCAGUGGAUGACGGCACACGCACCGAGGCUCAGAACAACAUUAUCGUAGCAGCAGCGGAAGCAGCAGCAGAGGCAGCCGCCGCCGCAGCUAAUAACACUAUUCCAGUCAUUCAACGAUAUCAAGAAACACCAGAGCCCUCUUCCACUACCACUACCACUAUCACUGAGAGCCCUCACACCACUACCGCGUAUGCUCCCUGUAUCCCUGCUCCAGCAGAUGCUUCCAUUGUAGUCACAAUCCCUACUUCCUCUAUCAUGAUGCCAGAGACGAGCGAACAAGAUUCUGAAAUGACAGGUACUGCUACCUCGUCCCUCAUGAUGCCUGACAUAAUCGAUGACAAAUCUCAAGUACAAUCUAACACUGAUUAA